GUUCACAUGUUCAAGAAAAUCAACUGGUCAGCAGAUCCGUGUGAGAAUUUCUUUGAGUUUGCCUGUGGACAGUGGAUAAAGGAGACCCCGAUCCCUGAAGACUACUCCAGCUACGGGACAUACUCGUGGGUUCGGCAAAGCGUCAACAUCAAACUGCGAGAGCUAUUGGAAAUCCCAAUUGAUGAAGAAAAGGAAAUUGAAGUGGUGCAGAAGGCAAAACUGCUUUAUCAGUCAUGCAUGAAUGAGAGUGCUAUCGAGCGGGAAGAUUCCAAACCCUUGCUAAAGUUUCUGAAGCAGCCACAUUUACGCUGGCCUGUGCUCGAGACCAACAAUGGGCCUGAGGGUACCUGGAAGGAGGAGGACUUCAACCUUUUGGAGAUGUUAGCUUUCCUCCGUGGAAAAUACAACAGCGGUAUUUUCAUUCAAUUGUUUGUUGGAACUGAUGACAAAAACUCCAACGAGCACAUCUUCAAGCUGGAUCAAGGGUCAGUGUUUCUGCCGUCUGAGGAAGACUAUCUGACUAACAGCACUGAGGCAGAAAAGUCCAGGCAUGCCCUGCUGGAGCUGAUGAUUGAUAUCGCUGUCCUCCUCGGAGCUGAUACCACCACGGCUCAGAUUGACAUGGAAUCCAUCCUGGAGUUCGAGACCAAGGUCGCAAAGAUUCUGAUUCCACACAGUAACAGGACCAGUGAGGCUCUGUAUAAUAAACUCAGUGUGCUCAAGUUACAAGAAACCAUCCCACGGUUUGACUGGCUGCGUUAUUUGAAGCUGGUCAUCGAUACUGAUCUUUACCCUGAACUUUCACACAUCAACACGUCGGAAGAGGUCAUAGUCUACGUGCCGCAAUACUUUAAGGAUUUGUUCCAGCUGUUAGACACGGUGGAUAACAGAACAAUCGCCAACUAUGUUGUCUGGAGGAUUGUGUACCGGAGGAUCACUAACCUCAGUCAACGUUUCCUGACCCGCCGUCUGGAAUUUUUAAAGGUGAUAACAGGGGCGACAUCGCUGUCUCCACGUUGGGACAAGUGUGUGGACUUUGUUGAGUAUGUUCUCCCGGAUGCCGUUGGCAGGAUGUUUGUUGAAGCACAUUUUCAGGAGGACAAGAAACAGCUGACUGAAGACUUGGUCGCUGGCAUUCGCUGGGCAUUUGUGGACAUGCUGGAAAAAGAAAAUGACUGGAUGGAUCCAGAAACCAAGACCAAAGCUAAAGAGAAGGCACAUGGAGUUCUUGCCAAAAUAGGAUACCCAGACUUCAUACUGAAUGAUACCAUCAUCAACGCCUACUUCAGAAAUCUGACUGUCUCACACACCGAGUACUUCGACAACGUCCUGCGGUCCCUUCAGUUCUUCUCUCAGACGGGUUUCUCCUACUUGAGGAGCCAUGUUUCAAAGACAGAAUGGUACACAAGUCCCACCACAGUUAAUGCCUUCUACUCCCCAACCACUAACCAGAUCAAAUUCCCGGCAGGAGAGCUUCAGAAACCAUUUUUCUGGGGAGAAGAAUAUCCAAUGUCUAUCAGUUAUGGUGCGAUCGGAGUCAUUGUUGGCCAUGAGUUUUCGCAUGCGUUCGAUGACAACGGUCGAAAAUAUGACAAAAAUGGAAAUUUACACCAGUGGUGGAGCAAUGCAUCCAUUUCAAAUUUCAAUGACAAAACUGAGUGUAUGAUUCAACAGUACGAUGAUUAUUACUGGCCAAUAGCUGGCUUGCAGGUAAAUGGACAGAGAACUCUGGGAGAGAACAUUGCUGACAACGCUGGGCUACGCCAAGCUUUCAGGGCGUACAGGAAAUGGAUAAGAGAGGAGAAAGGAGACAAGGAGGAGCCACUAUUGCCAGGUCUACCACUCAGCAACAACCAGCUCUUCUUUUUAAGUUAUGCUCACGUUCGAUGUAACGCCUAUCGACCAGCGGCAGCUAGGAAUAAAAUUCUGAAUGGUGCUCACAGUCCCCCCGAGUUCAGGGUCUUGGGGUCAAUGAGUAACUUUGAAGAAUUCAGCAAAGCUUAUAGCUGUCCCACGACAUCAGCUAUGAAUCGAGGAGAGAAAUCUUGCCGAGUGUGGUCAUCAGCGAGCCUUUCACCACCAUCUUUUGCCUUUCAAUGGUGUGACCAUCAAGGAACCUCCCCCCGACGACUGAGCAUCCCGACCCAAAACUGAACUGGAGCAGCUCUAUAAAUAGUGACUACAAGCGAAGGUCAAAGGUCGGGAAUUCCGCAACAAACAACUCCCCUCCUGUCUAUGAUACAAGUCCUGAAUGGAUCGGUGUACUCCCAACUCGAUUUUAGUGCCGACAACGUCAGAGGCUGAGAAACCCACUUGAGUGACACCCUUAAACAACCCUCUGCCACCAGUGUACCGUCUACAAGAUGCACUCCAGAAAUUCACCAUGGCUCUUUCAAGAGGACCUUCAGAAUCCUGACCGCUACCACACCGAGAAGAACAAGAGCACUAUUUGCAAGUUCCUCUCCAGCCACAACUCAUCCUGACUUGGAAAUAGAACAUAGAACAGUCCAGGACAGUACAGGCCCUUCGGCCUACAAUGUUGGGCCGAGCGUUUAUCUUCGCCCGAGAACAACCUAACCUACACACCGCUGUCAUCAUUUGUUCACCAUCACAGGCAAAAUCGUGGAUCUUGCUUCUGCAGACCCCUCACCCUAACCACUAAGGAUUGCAGUGGUUCGAGAUGACAGCUCACUACCACCUUGAGGGCACGAGGGACGGGUAAUACGUUCUGGCCCACACCCCAAGAACAGGCACCAACCAGCAAUGAAGUGCGGUGGCAGUUUCAAUCAGCUGAGCUCAGCAGUUAUCCAUAUCCUACACAGACAGGGAGUAUCAACAAACACUGAUAACCAUGCUCACUGAGGUGUCUUGUGCUGAACUAGCAGUAUUGCACUCCUUGUAAUGUAGAAAUGUGUUCCUCCUUGUGAACCUUUCCUUUUGUGUACACCAAAGAGAUGAUGAGCAUUUCUAACCAGAGUUAGAAACAGAGAAUGAAGUUCCUUUUAGUCUAAGCAGGCCCCAUGUGUCACCUGUUGCAAUGUAACACCCCAUGCCCCUGAAAUGGAAUCACUUUUGAGCUGAUGCACUCUGCCUUUAAAUAGCCACAUGAUGACUGGCUAACAUAGGGAGGGAGUCAAGUUCUGGCCCUAGAAUGUGCCUCAUCAUAUUACACAGUCAAAUUUACUUGGCAUUGCCUUCUCCAUCUCUACAGUAUUUCGUAUGGCUGGCUAAUAACUAUGGUCACUGAAACAGACAUCAGGAACAGAACAGUUAAACAUUUUGAUCCUAAUAUUGUGGGUAUUCUCUUGGGAGCGUUCACUGUCUGUUUGACCAAAUGCAAUCAGCAGGGUCAAUUUUCAUAAUUCUUAAAUGAGCUGUCAAGCCUUGAUUGAUGAGUACUGACUGGGGAAUCAUGCAGUACUGAUAGAUCUGCCAAGAGUUUUGGAUUGCUUAACGUGGUAGAAAACAGACUAGCACAGAGAACAUCCAAAGCCUCUCAACUAUUGCUGCUCAAUGGAGUUGAUUGGUAAUGCUACACAGACUGUGCAAAGCCCGAUUCCAAGCAAGUAGGUCAGGGCUAAGGUAGAAACUGCUCUCCCUUUUGGGUACAAGUUCUUGCCAGGAGGACGAGGAGGAUUAAUGUGCUUUGACAUUUUGGCAAGUUAUGUAGUUGAUAGCUAUGCCUGUUUGUGGUGGAUUCCAAAAAGGGAAAAAAAAAUCUUUUGUUGAAAUGUAUAAUAAACUGUUUCUAUGACCGAGUUAAUGAAAACCUAUCAAAGUCCCAAAAGUAGUGUUUUUAUUCCUCACUUUAGAUUUGUACUGGAUCAUGUAGCAUGUUCAGAGAUCAAAUAAAUAAUUUCAAAGACA